GGAGGACGUGGUCGUGGUGGUCCCAUGCCACGAGAUGUUCUGGUGUCAAAGGCGCUGAGCAAACUACUUCGUCACAGUGCCGAGAAGGAAGGCCUCAAGUUAGACGAAGCAGGUUACAUUAACCUUAAGGAUGUGAUGAAUAAUCAGAAAAUUCGCAGUGUCAAGCCUACACUAGAUGAGAUCAAGCAGAUUGUGGCAGAGAACGACAAGCAACGCUUUUCUUUGAUUCACAAAUCCGCCGCAGCUUCAGCAGCCAGUAUCCCAGCCGACGAUGCAGCAACAUCCACAGCUUCGGACAUUCCCAGCCAAGUUUCAGAGUCAGAUGACCCAGCCGACUAUCUUAUUCGUGCAAACCAAGGACACUCUCUGGAGGUUGCAUCCGAGAAUCUCCUCACGCCAAUCACAGAGGAGAACCUCCCUUCGGUAGUGGUACAUGGAACCACCCACGCUGCUUGGCCUCAAAUUGUAGCUACUGGCGGUCUGAAGAGGAUGGCACGCACCCACGUUCAUUUUGCCUCAGGACUGCCCGCAGCAUUCAAGUCCGAGGACAACGAUGCAGGUGCCGCACCCGUCAUUUCUGGCAUGCGCAACUCAUCUUCAGUGCUAGUCUAUGUGGACAUCAAGAAGGCUUUAGAAGCUGGAGUCAAAUUCUGGAAAUCUGAAAACGGGGUUAUCUUGAGUGAAGGGGAUGAGAACGGCGUUAUUGGUCUGCAGUUUUUCAGCAGAGUUGAAGAUCGUACCGGUGGCCAAGGAGUCUUGGUCGUGAAUGGCAAAGUC